UUCAAAAUCACCUUCGAUUCUGAUACUUUUCAAAAACCCCACCAUCGUCUUUGACAAACAUCCACAAUGUCCCGUCACGUGAACAAGAUUGCCCUCGUCACUGGCAGCUCGCGCGGUCUCGGCCGUAACAUGGCGCUGUCGCUCGCGCGCAACGGCGCCGACGUCGUUGUGACCUACCGCUCCAAGAAGGCCGAGGCUGACGCCGUCGUCGCCGAGAUCCAGGCGCUCGGUCGCAAGGCCGUCGCGCUCGAGAUUGACACGGGUGUGACCAAGAGCUUCGCUCAGUUUGCUGAGACGCUGAAGGCGGCACUCCAGGUCACUUGGCAGCGCUCGACGUUCGACUUUUUGGUCAACAAUGCGGGCAUUGAUCUUGCCAAGCCGUUCACCGAGUUCACCGAGGAGGAUUUCGACCAGUUGCUGAACGUCCACUUCAAGGGCGUCUUUUUCCUCACUCAGCGCCUUCUUCCGCUCAUUGCUGACAACGGCCGCAUUGUCAAUCUCUCGACCGGCCUGGCGCGCUUCUCUCUUCCCGGAUACUCUGCCUAUGGCUCGAUGAAGGCGGCCAUCGACACCCUGACCCGCUACCUCGCCAAGGAGCUCGGCUCCCGCGGCAUCCGCGUCAACUCUGUCGCUCCCGGCGCGAUUGAGACGGACUUUAACGCCCAUGUGUUUAGCAUCCCCGGCGUGAAGGACCACAUUGCUGCCGACACGCCCCUUGGCCGCGUUGGCGUUCCGGACGACAUUGGUGGCGUUGUCAACUUUGUGUGCAGCGAGGAUGCUCGCUGGGUCAACGGCCAGCGCAUUGAAGUUUCUGGUGGCAUUCACCUGUAAGCAGAAGUGGUUAUUUUCCUUCUGCCGUUUGGAAAUAUAGAGCUUGGUGUUUAUGUUUUUCAGAAGCGUGCACUUGCUACCGUUCCGUUGGCCAGGAGUGUUACAAUGAGCAACCCAUUCGCCAAAUCGCG